AGUUCAAACACGUUAUGGUGGCGAGGAGUAAGGUAUGUGAAUGACAUGAAAUUGUGUUCGGUAGUGUUUUCUCCGUAUGUAAAUAGGGGACAAGAGUCAUCAUGAUCUCCCGUUUCAAAAGGUACUGGCAUUAUCAUUUACCGAGGGUUCUACGGCAGAGACCCGAUGUCAUGUUUUCCUUUGAUAGUUAAACUUGCCGGACUUUUAACAACAAAACAAUUUGAAUAGCAGAAAGUAAAUAAUUCUGGAAGAAUACUGUGCUCAUUUUCAUGCGCUGGUAGCGAGGGGGCGAGGUGGUCAAGGUCGAAAAUUAAUGUUCAGGAGCAACAGAUUUCAGGCUUUUCCAAACUCUAUUCGACCUUUAUUAUAAUGGAACAACUAGAAAUAACUUUAUACGACACUUGAAGUUUAAGAGAGAGAGAAUUGUUUGGAUAAGCAAUUCAUCACUUCAUAAUGUCAACGGAGUCACAAAUUCCAGAGGUUGAUAGUGGUGCUACUAUAAGUCUCGCCCAAAAUGAUCCACUGAACACUUUUGCUGAAAUGUGGUACCAUGUGUUCCUCUGGGCACUUCUCUCUUCAGUCUUCGUCCAUGCAGUUGCUGCAGCUAUAGCAUUUGCAACACUCAGGAAACACAUUUAUGGCAAGUUUUUCCCAGUCUUCAUCCUAAUCAUGGGUGUCUUAGCACCUUUGACUUCAGGUGUGGUAAGUAGUGCUGCUGUGGCAUUUGUGUACGACUCCUCUAAUAUGCCAAUGCGGGCAUUAUAUGCAUUGUUCUGGGGAGUUGGACAAACUGUUGUGGCAGCCUGCAUUGGUCUCACUCGGAUACUUGCAACAUUAUAACAGCCAACCAUUAAUCUCUAUGUUCUUAAGCAUGAAAAGCGAGCCAUCUUCAACUGAAAUAUCAAAGCUUUAAGCUGCAACAGAGAUUUAUACUCAGUGUCCUUAAAAUAUGGUUAAUUCAGAAGUUUCUGUCUCUCAGACUCUUGCUGCACUAGUAAUCAGUGACAGUAAACAAUGACGAAAUUGCUGUUUUUUAUUCAAUAGUUAAUGUUAUGUUUCUAAAAUUAAUUCUGUGUUGUAAACAUUUGUGUGCUUGAUGAUUGCUCUAGUGAUUAUUCUCGGUAAAAGUGAUUUGUUCUCCAAUGUUAAGUAAAUUAAUUCUAAGAAUUCUACAUAAUUACACAAUUUUAGUUCUCUCUGUGCUUUUUGAUAAUUCAGCCCAGUGAAAUUUGACACUUCAGAGAAGUACUGUAUUCCUCCUCUUACUUCAAAAGUUGCUACCACAAUAUUUGCCUACUGUUAUAAGCUUUUAAUCCACGUGUUUGAAGACCUAACAUCAUUAUUGUGACAUACUGUUCUAAACAGAUACCAUUUGGCAUUGAUUAUUGUGCUGGUUGUGUAGCAUUAAUAAUUUAUCUACGUCUUACAGAUGCAGUGUCUGUGAUAUGUGUGAAAAAUUUUCUUUACUACUAUUUUCUGGCAGGAGGUUUGAAUAACAGAGAUUGUACUUAUUUUUCUGUUGUUGUCCCAGUAAUGCCCGUAUUAUUGCAAUCUGGUCAGCAUAGACAUUAAUCUUAUUUUAUAUGAAAAAAGCAUUUGUAUAAAUUUUAUUGUACAUAUAGUGUAUUUUGAUUUAAUUAGUACAAAAGCAACAUCAUUGCUAUGUUAAAAAAAAGGUUUUGCUAUGCUGACAGUUCUGUUGUUGGUGGGAACCAAAUGGUAAGCUGUAGGCUCAUUGUGAGUGGUUGCCAUUAUAGUUGAUCCCGCCAUUGCAGCAACCAUAUUUCAAAAGUUCCUCAGGAACCAGUUCACUGAAUUUGAGAUUAUCUUCUCAUCCCUAAUAGUCCUAUUAUUUAAUUACCUAAUGGAUAUUAAAGCACAAAAUAUUAUAUAUCUUCAACUUCCUGUAAUUUAAUAAGAUUUUCUGGAAACGCAAAUGAGUCAUGUACUUACUGCAGCAUUCAUAAUGGUUGCACAGAAUUUCUUGUAUAUAAUAAUGAAAAUAAUGUAAAUAUAUAUUGUAAGCUGUACAGAUACAUAUUGUACAAUAUAUUUUUAUGACUAAGGACAGUGGAUCAUAUAAAUGGAUCACAUUAUCAUGAAUUUUUUACUUUGUAGUCAAUGAGAAUAUGUAAAUACAUUUGUGUAUAUAUUGCAGAUUAUGUAAGCACAUCAUUGCGAGAUAAAGUGGUUUAAUUUUAUAUAUGGAUCAGAUGAAACAUGUUUGUUGUGUUUGUCAUAUAUUAGGUUAAGUUUUUACCUUUUUUCAGAGAGACUGCAUUUUAGUCUGUACGUGAUAGGCAGUAAAUUUUCUAUAUAUAAAGCUAUUCCUUUUAAACCCAUUUUUACGGCUGAUUCAUUAUAAGAAUUCAGUUGUAUAUAUACAUUAUCUCACUCAAAAAAGUUUGUAAUAUUGUUGUGUGUUUAAUAAGUCAAAAUGUGGUGAUGAAGGAUUGAUCUCAGUCUUAAAGACUCAUGUUGUUCACAUGGUUUUCAAAGUAUUUUAAUUUUUUGAGGAAGAGUGUGUGUGUGUGUGUGUGUGUGUGUGUGUGUGUGUGUGUGUGUGUGUGAGGAUUUACUGCAGGCUUCACUUUGUGCAGACUGAAUAAUGUAUUGCUGUUUGUAAAUUUUAUAAUAGAUCCAGUAUUAUUAAUAGCUUCCUGCUGUACAAGUCCUAAAUGUUAAGCAUAAUUUUUGGAUGGCAUCCUUUGGUACCAUACAAAAAGAAAACAAGUAAAAAUUGUUUACCAAUUUUUAUAACUAAGAAUGAGUCCAGCAGUUUAAUAUGUAGAAAAUUGUUUGCACACUAGUUUUCAAUAUGAUAAAUAUUGAGAAUAAAAUUUUGUUACAAGAAUUUAUAAAAAUA